ACCUUCAAUGAAUAAACGCCUAAAAUGCAGGGCAGGCAGCAUCAAUUUCCCACUGUACAUCAAGAGAAAAGCGAUGCUUUAAAUUCUGCGCGAAGAGCAAAGUCGCCAACGGACACGCCGCCUUUGACUCAAAGUAUCGUAAAUUUGUAAUCCAUGUAAGUUCUGAUUUUCUGAUAAGAUGCUACCUACCAAAAGCAUUUUCGCCCCCUUUAUUCCGGGUGUGACCUCAAUAGUCUGUAAAAGCUAUGUUAAUGGUGGUCUUGUCGUAUUCAAUAAAGGGUUUUUGUUACAGAUGUAGAGAUUAUAUAAUUUGCCCAAUGCCUUCUCUGUUGUGUGAUGCCUUUGAAUCAGAGACAAAAUUUUGUCUAAAUCAAGAUGGAUUUACAAAUUCAAAACGCUGUCCUGUUAGUUUUUAUUUGCCUGGCGUCUGUGGCAAAGUCUCAAAUCGUUUUAGGCUCCAUUAAUGCACCCACUAAUGGGCUUGAAAGGGCAGAAAAGAUUGGACUUGGGCUUUUGCCAAGUCCAGAAGAUUUAUCUUUUGACAGAGAAAAAAAGUCGUUUUUUACUGGGUGUGGAGAUGGUUGGAUUAAGCGGGUUUGGAUAGACGGGAGGGAUGCAGAAGAACAGGUGGAGAACUGGAAUUUUGUUGGGGGUCGACCUCUUGGGGUGGCUUUUGGUCCCAAUCAGGAGGUUAUUGUGUGUGAACUUACUAAGGGCCUGCUGAAUGUGACGAAGGACAAAGUGGAGGUCUUGUGCAGUGAGGCAGACGGAUUCAAAUUUAAAGGAAUGGAUGGAGUGGAUGUUUCAAAAGAUGGUACGAUUUACUUCACUGAUGCCACCUUGGGUUUGCUCAUUAAAUACAAUCCUAGCACCAAAAUUUCCACUGUUUUGCUCACUGACCUUGACUACCCCAAUGGAGUGGCCGUCUCUGCCCAAGAAGAUUUCCUUAUAUUCUGUGAAACUUACUCUCUCAAGUGUCCCAAAUACUGGCUAAAGGGAAACAAAUCAGGUCAAGUUGAAACAUUUGCAGAAAGUUUACCAGCAUAUCCAGAUAACGUUAGAGUCGAUGAUGAAGGCACAUUUUGGAUUGGACUUCUGGGGACAAAAACCGAGGAUAAAGAUUCCAUAGUUAAAUAUCUGAAAUUGAGACCACCUCUGAAGAGGGUGUGGAAUAUCUUAAAUCAACAUCGACUGAAGAUAAGACCUAUUUUUGGACCAGCAGGUAUUUUGGGUGUGAAGGAAAAUGGGCAGGUCAGUGCUUUCAUUUCUGAUUCACAGAGGACACUGAUUAGUGGUGCUGUAAAAGUGAAUAGUAGUCUGUUUUUUGCGAGCCUCAGUGAAAACUUCAUUAAUCGCCUUGAUCUCCUAUGAAAUUUCUAUGGUAUAGGCGAUUAUCCCACAUCAGUUACAAAAAUAUUGUAACGAAAAGUGUUUCAUCAAUGAAUAUAUCAACAGCCGGCAUGGUUGACAAAACAAUGGGAAGGGGAAAUAUAAUCACUGUCAACUUGAACUUCAUGACGGUUAGAAGACGAGUAUCCAACUAAUUGGCAUCUUCGCCAAUGAGAUCUGAAAUUUCAUGGGCUCUAUGUGAGCCAGCACCUUUUGACUUCCUAAUUUAAAAUUGUUGUUAGAUGGCCAUUGGAGAUUUCAGUGAUUUGGCGGUGACAAGUAAGGGGAAGUUGGAGACAGGUUAUUUGGAAUUGAUGGUUAAAUGAAGUAUUUUUACAUACUAAUUUUUAAUUUGAAAUUCAAAUUAGGUGAAAGUCGGAGAUUUAUAAGUGGUAUGAUACAUUAAUUAAGUGGAAGUUGGAGAUUUGAAGAU